GCAAGCUGCCGGAUUCGAACAAUCGCGCCGAGUUGCCCGCAGACGGGCAGCCAUAAACGUAGGACGGCACCUGUCGGCUCCCUGUGCACUGCCCUUACAGGUUUGGGCUGCCCAAGGGCUUAGGCCUAGUCUCUAAGGCCAGAGCACCAUGGCCAGAGUCGUGGAGCUCGAGGUCAUCAAGGGGCUGCCCGUCUCGCCGGUCCGACCUAUCAGUGUAGACAAGCCGCCGCCCCCGGCGCCUGUCGCUGAUGCCAAGCCCGCAGUGGUUGUGAACCGCGGGCUGCCCGGCCCCGGCAUCCUCCCCGCGCCCGCCGCGAAUGAAUACAAGCGCACGCAGCCGCCCGCGGGCCGCGUGCAGAUGGCCAAGAGUAACGAAGCGUCGAAAGCUACAAUGGCGACGCAAGCCGCGACGGCGGCCGGCGAAGAGAUCAAGAACACGACGAGCUCCGCGGGCCCGAAGAUCAAGUUCCAGCACGGCCCGCGGCGAAAACCGCUCCGGGGCGGCGGGACCGUGCCCGCCCUGGCGCUGCCCUCUCAAUCAUUAUCGCACCAGGCCAACGUGCCGCCCGGCGCCACCGGCGACUUCGCGCUGCCGACGGCCGAGGACAUCGCCUUGGCGUCCGCGCGCGACUCGACGAAGCGCGAGACGUCGCGCGCCUCCGAGGUCGAGGCCGUGCGCGCGCGCGUCGCGGCGACGCGCCUGAAAGCUUUACAGAGCGCCUCGAACCAGCUCACGCCGCGCGUCCCGGCGCGGCCCAAAACCCCGAAGGAAAUAGCCAUCGCGCGCUGCGGCAACGUGAGCGCGCUCAUUUCGAGCGACUCGGACUCGGACGUCGGGGACCAGGACGACCAGGCGGGCGGCUAGUGCGUCCAGUUAAGCACUUCACGUUA